CGAUCAACAAAAACUUGAUGACACAGCAAGUCCAGCAGAAUCGUGGCUAUGGCAGAAGCUGCAGCGGAGCCAAUGAACUGUGUGGAGGGUGGGCCCGCGGGCCUUCCCGUCCAGACCCCGGAGUUGGACCUCAAGUACUACUCUUCGCUCGAGUACUUCGAGGUGGAGAAGAAGAUUGGCCACGGGCAGUUCAGUGUCGUGUACCGGGCCAGGAACACGGUGGACGGGAAGGUGGUAGCGCUCAAAAAGAUCCAGAUUUUUGACAUGGUGGAUGCUAAGGCUAGACAAGACUGCAUCAAGGAAAUAGAACUGUUGAAGCAACUGAACCAUCCGAACGUCAUUCGUUACAUCUCCAACUUUGUCGAAAACAACGAGCUAAACAUAGUACUGGAGUUGGCUGAUGCGGGAGAUCUAUCUAGAAUGAUCAAGCAUUUCAAGAAGAAGAAGCAGCUGAUUCCGGAGAAGACAAUCUGGCGCUACUUUGUCCAGCUCUGCGGUGCACUCAACCACAUGCACUCUCGUAGAGUCAUGCACAGAGAUAUAAAGCCGGCAAAUGUGUUUGUUACGGCGUCGGCAGUUGUAAAGCUGGGAGACCUGGGUCUGGGCAGGUUCUUUAGCUCCAAGACCACUGCAGCUCACUCACUAGUUGGAACUCCGUACUACAUGUCUCCCGAGAGAAUCCACGAGAGAGGGUACAAUUUCCAGUCAGACAUCUGGUCCUUGGGCUGUCUCCUCUAUGAGGUAAUGGACUAUGGUAGGACACCUUUUCUUUCUUUACCCCGAGAACAGUCUUUCAUUUAAAGAAGGACACCUCACUAUUAUGGACACUUUAUUGGGUCUCAUUGGUGUCCUGAUUGGAGGGGUUCCACUGUACUGUAGAUGGCAGCUCUCCAGUCUCCAUUCUAUGGGGACAAGAUGAACCUCUAUUCUCUGUGUAAGAAGAUUGAGAAGUGCGACUACCCUCCCCUUCCUGCUGACAUAUACUCAGAAGAGCUGCGACAGCUGGUGGCCAGUUGCAUCAGUCCCAACCCGGAGAGCAGACCGGACAUAUCACAGGUCUACGAGGUGGCCCAGAGGAUGUACGAAGCCACUCGCUCAUCCACUACUACCACAUGACCCCACCCACACUCCAUACCACCUCUCUUUGUAUAUACCCUGAUCCAUGCUGUCUGCCUGCAUUAGGACACGCACUUCUCUUCCUGUCUUUUCUAUGGAUGUUCUAGGUUUUGUGAAUAGUUGGAAAUUGUUAUAUUAUAACACUGCAAAAGUAUUACUUUGAUCUAAGAAUAGUUUCUCGGAACGGAAAUGUAUAAUGCCGUGACGUGUGGUGUGUGAUGAACUUGGAGAAGGUUACUAGCUAACACUUGGCAGCCUCGUAUAUGCCGUGUCCGAACACACCAGUUCUUGAAACAGCAUCAGAUGCAUGGUGAUGAAAGGCAGUGGAGUGGGCCUCGUCUGUUCGAAACGUCGUCAGCAUUGGACCGAUCUUUUGCCAUCUCUUCAUCUUCCAGAGAGGAGGAGAGUCAACUGGCUCAGAGUAACGUCUCAUCAGCGAGGCCCUGGUCUCAUACACACCUUGCAACUUCUUCUUGUUGUUUUUCUGUCUUUGUUUUCUCUCAGCCUCUCUCCUCUCCUCCAGCCAUCGCUCUCCAUAGCGGUGCUCCAGAAGGUCAAACACUGGUGUUGAAGGCCUGGGGAAUUGAGGGAGAACAGAUGGUAAAAGGGAAAGUUUGACAGAAAAAGAAGAAAAGAACGUAAAAGAGAAAGAAGGAAAGCUAGAGAGAGAGG